AUGCUGGUUGCCUUCUCCAAAGGUGGUCUCUCCCAGGUAGCUCUGACCCAGUCAGAUCCAGUGCUGAAGAAACCAGGAGAAUCCCAUAAAUUGGCUUGCGCUGUCACUGGAUUCGAUGUUAACAGCUAUACCAUGGCUUUCCCCUUGUUUGUUUUCCCUCAGUUAGGGACAGCAAGAUCAAACCUUCGAUUUAAGGAGCCUCGUCAGGCCUGCAGGGAGCCUUCCCAGGUACCUCAGCCCCAGCAGACAGCAGCAGGGGUCUUCUCAGCCGUUCAACUUGUAGAAUCUGAACCAGGAAUAGUGAGACCUGGAAGUCAACUCAACCUACUUUGUAAAGUCACAGAUUUCUCCAUUGCUACUUCUUCACAAUACGCUUGGCAUUGGAUCAGGCAACCAAAUGGAAAAGGUCUCCAAUGGCUUUCAGCCAUAAAUGUCAAUAAUGGAGGCAAAUGGUAUACUAAUUCUGUAAAAAGCCGUGCCACCAUUUCUGCAGAUCAGUCCAGGAACGAGUUCUCCCUCCAGCUGAAUUUGGUCAUAGCUGAAGAUUCAUCUGUGUAUUUCUGUUUCCGAGAGCACACAGCAACAUAUCUUCUAUUUGUGAUAAGAGAAAUAGGAAGUUGUUUAGCCUGGAAAACUCCUACCUGUCCUGUCUUUCCUCUUUCUUCUGAAAAAGCAGAGAGGACACUGAAUGGCCUUCCUUGGAACUGGACGAAGCCUCUAGGAGCCUCAUUGCAGAAGGCUUGAUAUUUUUUGCUAUUUUUUUCUCUAUUAUAUUUUUACUUCCUUCCCUUCCACAAAUUAAGCAAAAACAAAGUAUUGAUCCAUGCUGAUAUG